AUGAGGAUGUUCGAGGAGGGCUUUACAAGGAUUGAUGUAAGGGCGGAAGGCCUUUCCCGCAUACUCGAAAUUCCAUCAGAUUUUAACAUGUUGCAGGACACGGUGGAUUUGGUGCCACAGUUCGAUCUUCUAUGCUCCGCCGCUGAAAGCAGAUCUCUUCAGGAGAUCAACGAUUCUGGGUUGUCAUGCGGUAUGGCUGCGAUGGCCCUAAGGACUUACAUGCUGGAGAUCGAGUGUGCUCGUAGGGCUGAUACGCGGGCCGAGUUUUUUUUGAAAAUGGCUGAGAAGUAUCGGCUGUAUCGCAACAGGUGUCGUGAGAUGCACGGGCAGCUUAGGGCGGGCGCUAGUACCCAGUUCGUCAGGGAGGAGUUGGAGAAAAGAGAUGAGGAAUUGAUGCGGUCUAUCCGCAGAUGCAGCGAUCUUGAGGAGUUACUUCACGCCAAAGACGAGGAGCUCGAGGUGGGCAAAGGGUUUGCCGCGGAGGGCGAGGACCUUCAGGCGAAGGUGCAGUCUUUAUGAGCUGAGCUUGAGCAAAAUGCUACUAGAGUCGCCGCUCUGAGUGCAGAAUGGACGGAAAAUGUGCCUGAGCUAGAAAAGAAGGUGGCUGAGUUGGAGAGAGCCGAGGGUGUGAGCACGUGAUUUUUGCCUCGCAUAAAUUACUCCUCCAGACUCCUUAGAUUUAGAAUUUCCCUUUUAUUAUUUGAUUUUUAGGAUUUA